AUGACAGAUUUUAGCAAGGCAACUAAUGCUAUGUGUAUGAUUAUGUUGGAUAUUAUGGGUGUAUUUAAAAUUGUAUUUUUAUGGUUCAAAACAGAAAAACUUAAGUCUUUAUUCAACAUUAUACUAAACGACUUUUGGCCAUAUGAUUUAAUUAAUGAAAGCAAAAGAAGGGUUAAAGAUAUGUUUAACUUAAUGAAUAUAUUUGUAGUAUGGUUUAUGUUGGCAGGUGUUAUGUUUGCUUUAUUAAGUUUAAGCUCGCCAUUGUUUUCCAAUAAACAACUCCCAUAUGACGUUAGGUAUCCCUUUGACUGGACAGUAAGCCCUUGGUAUGAAAUUAUCUACUGCAUGCAGACAUUUACUCAUGGAAUAACUAUGACAACAAUUGGUAUUGGAGCAAUCUAUAUGGUUAUUGGUAUAUUAUUAAGUAUUAGCAGUCAGUACUGUAUUCUUGAAGAAUGCUUCGAGAUAUUCAAUACCCCUGAGAUGUACUCUGUUAACAAGAAAUUGAGAGACAUUCUGAAUGAUGGUUUGAAGAAUAAAUAUACUGAUGAGAGGAGGGAAUAUUUUGUUAGAUGUGUUAAACAUCACCAACUACUUUUAAGAUUCACCAAAGAGCUGAACGAUGAACUCAAUCCUCUGGAGUUAUUUGAGUUAGCUCUAAGUAUUUUUGCGUUAUGCCUUGGCUCUCUUCGGAUUGCAAAUGCAGAGUCUUUAGGUAGCAAUGUAGAACAAGCAGGAAGCUAUUUAUAUUUAAUUGGAUAUACAAUGCAGCUAUUUAUUGACUGUUUCUUUGGAACAUUUCUUUACCACCAAGCAAGCCUCUUGCCAGAUGCUAUAUUUCAUAGCAACUGGAGGACUUUGGAUGAUGAAGAAUUAAGAAAAGAUUUUGUAUUCUUGUUACAAAAUUCUCAAAGAAUACCACAGAUUAAUGCUUAUAAUCUCUAUGAUAUGCAUAUGGUGUCAUUUAUUAAGGUAAUAAAAGUGGCAUUCUCAUUUUAUACGAUGUUAUCUACGCUAAAAUAA